UCCUAAAGAUUGUCAGCACUGAAAAGUGAGAUGAGAUCAGUAGUGUUAAAGCGAAUGCCUACCGCCUAAUGUUUUGCCCUAUUGUUCACGAUGUCUUGGAAAAUGAAUAGGUAUUAAGCGACUCUAAAUAGGCUAGCUGUGUUUUUUAUGAAUGGUGUAUUAUACAUCAAUCGAGAUGGAACAGAUACUAUGUAAGAAACAUAAAGGACGGUAAUACCGGUUAAAAGCAUUGACAGAUUUAACGAAGAACGCUUUGUCAUGGACAUGCAAGCUCCGAAUGUUUAUGCUUCCAUCCCUGGAAUGCCAGAAUUAGGGAUGGUAUGGAUGGGGGACAUGAUGGUACAUGGAGAACCUACACAUGAGCUUAUGUUAGACCCUCGUCAAAGUGAAAGUCCAUUUUUUUCUCAUGGCUCGCAUGCAUAUGAGGAUCUUAGAAAUCAUCAAAUUGCUCCUACAGCAAUGGUACGAUAUUUAGCACCACAAUAUCCUAAUGAAUGCUCAGAACCUGAUGAAGCUAUGGAAACUAUGGAUACACAAGAGAUGCAACAAGAAUAUGACUCACAAUCAGAAAGACAAGAAAUGAGUGAAUAUUUAACAUUAGAAGAUUAUAUGGCUGAUGAAGAUAGGGAACAGGUAGUAAGUAAUGUAGCAACUCAAACUACUCAUGAUGGUUCACCGUUGCUACGAAAUCGAAAAAUAAAGCCUAUAAAACAUCCUGGUCUUAUUCUAAAAACACCGAUUGCUUAUCAACCACAUACUGAUUUAAACUUCAUUCCUAUUCGUAAAGAUGGCAUAGCUGUAUGUGAAAAAUGUGGUGCUAUAGGAGUAAAACAUGCAUUCUAUACAAAAGAACGAAGAUUUUGUAGCAGAGCAUGUGCACGUUCUUCAGAACAUACUGCUUCCACUGCUGAUUCAACAUAUAGCCCAUCAUAUCCAGUAGAACCAACAACAGCUAUGAAUGCAAAGUCUCCUACUAAUACAAAAUCUUCAAAAGAUGUGAUAAAAAAAGAAACUGAGUUGAACGAUUCUGUCAAAGAAGAAGAAGAGAAAGUUUUAGCAGAACCUGUAAUGCCAGAAGAUUUACCAGUACGAAGGAAAAGAACAGCAGAAAUGGCUGGCUCUUAUGACUGGACACCACAUUUGGUUGAACCUGGAUUUUGUGCUGCACCAGUAUCUUGUUUUAAACAUGCACCUAUAUCUGAAAUAUGGGAUAACAUAACAGUGGGUAUGAAAGUUGAAGUUGAAAAUACUGACUGUGACGAAGUAUGUGAAGCUUUUCCAGACUCUUUUUGGGUUGCGACUGUAUUACGUAUAUCGGGAUAUAGAGCUCUGUUAAGGUAUGAGGGAUUUGGCCAUAAUGCAGAUAAAGAUUUUUGGGUAUCACUUUGUUCUAACGACAUUCAUCCUGUUGGUUGGUGUGCUACAAUUGGAAAACCACUUAUACCACCAAACACAAUUGCUAACAAGUACAAAGACUGGAAGGACUUUUUAAGGAGACGAUUAACCGGUGCAAGGACAUUAACAACUAAUUUCUAUAAUAAAGUUAAUGACAGUAUGAAAUCUCGCUUCAGAUGCGGACUUCAUUUAGAAGUGGUAGAUAAAAACAGAAUUUCUCAAGUUAAAGUAGCUACAAUACAGAAGAUUGUUGGUAAGCGAUUGCACGUGAGAUAUUAUGAUUCACCGCCCGAAGAUAAUGGUUUCUGGUGUCAUGAAGACUCUCCUCUUAUACAUCCUGUUGGUUGGGCAAAGAGAAUAGGACAAUCGUUGGAUGCAUAUCCUGAUUAUCUAGAACGUGUUUCAAAAGUAAAAUUGUGCGAAGAUGAUGCUACAGAUGGUCUUUUUCAUGUGCCAAAGAAUCAUCAUCUACACCUUGGAUAUACUUUUAGAGAAGGAAUGAAAAUGGAAGCUAUUGAUCCACUUAAUCUUUCUGCUAUCUGUGCGGCCACAGUUAUGCAAGUUCUAAAAGAAGAUUAUAUUAUGAUUCGUAUUGAUAGUUAUGACGAAGAUGCAAGUGGUGCUGAUUGGUUUUGCUAUCAUUCAUGUUCUCCCUGUAUCUUUCCAAUUGGGUUUUGUUCUCAGCAUGGCCUACCACUUACACCACCAAAAGGUUAUGAUUCAACAACGUUUACAUGGGAUGCAUAUUUGAUAGAAACAAACACAAUACCAGCACCUGUACAGUUAUUUAACAGGGAAAUACCCCAGCAUGGAUUCAUUGAAGGUAUGAGGCUUGAAGCUGCUGAUUUGAUGGACCCUAGAUUAGUAUGUGUUGCUACUAUUACCAGAGUGAUAGGUCGGUUGUUGAGGGUACAUUUUGAUGGUUGGGAGGAUGAAUAUGAUCAAUGGUUAGAUUGUCAGAGUCCAGAUAUUUAUCCAGUUGGUUGGUGUGACCUUGUAGAUCAUAAAUUAGAGGGGCCCCGUGUACUCACUAAAAACACUAGUCCUACUGUAAAAUCACCAAGAGGCCUUAAACGUAAAGCUAAGAGAAAACUAAAAAAAGGAAGCAAGGUAUCUUGCGCAAAAAAUAUACUACCUCGUCACAGUGAACGCAUUAGUAUGGCACGUGAACGUGAACGAGAAUUAGAACCGGCACAAGGCACAAAAAUCGAACGAGAACGUGAUCUUGAGAGUUUACCGGAACAAGGAAGUAGAGAGCCAGAACCGGCAGAAGAACCUGCUGGUCCUGAUCAAACUUUACCUAGUCCAACAAGUGGGCAAGGUCAGGCAUUAAGUGAUACACAAAGUGACGUGCAAAGCCCACCACCACCCAAAGAGAGAACUGCAACAUCAUAUAUUAAUGUAACUUCAGCAAAUACAAAAUAUAUUCCAAGGUUAGCAGAUGUUGUUCCAAAGGGUUCAGAUUGUGGUGAUUUGGUGCCAUCUGAAUGGAAUGUUUUUGAUGUUGCUCAAUUUCUCCGUGUCAAUGAUUGUGCAACAUACUGUGACAAUUUUAGCAAACGCAAAAUUGAUGGAAAGACUUUGCUAAAUCUUACAAAGGACCAAAUAAUAAACCUAACGGGUUUCAAAGUUGGACCUUCUUUAAAAAUUUUUGAUCUUAUUCAGCAAUUAAAAAUCAAAGUAAAUCCAGCUCAGGAAAGAUUGAAACUAGGACUGAAAAAAUUAUUAUAACAUACCUAGUAUAUAGCUGAUAUUAUGAAUAAGUUCCAACUGAAAUAGAUUAAACAUGGAUUUACAGGUAAGGCAUAUGGAUACGUUUGACGUCGUAUGUUAUAUUUGAGUUGCAUUCUGUUUAAUAGCCUCUUUUAUUUCAAUAUAUAUUCUUAAUAAAAAAUAACCUGUCAAUAAUUUGUCUCAGCAAGUAAUGAAAUAUUUUUCUUUUUUAUAUUCUAUAAAAUAUUCUAUAAAAUAAAACAGGACAGAAUUUUAAUUGAUAUAAAAUUGUGAAAUAAUUAGAAUAUCUUGUGUAGCAAACAAUUUGAAAUCAAAAUUAUGUACAGAAUAAUACAAAAUACUUCAUAUAACCUUGAUAUGUAGAUAAGAUUUUAUAUAUGCAUUUUGAAUUUGUUUGUAUUUAUAAAUAUGUGAUUUUAUUUUACAUAACAGGUUUUCAUUCUAGUGAGUUCUUUUCCCUGUAUUGCCAUAAUUUGUAAAUCCAUGAGUCAGUUAAAUCGAUUGAAUACAAAUGCACCAGCCAUCUAUCGGUAAAGUCACAAAGAAAUGUUUUUCAUUGAAAUAGAAUUAGAAAUGAAAUGUAAGAAAUAUACAAAUUCUGUAUUACAGAUUACAAGUAGACAAAAUAAGUCAAAUAAGAUAAAAUAAUGUAAUAUGAUAAAGUACAAAAUAGUAUUUGUUUGUCGAUGAUAUAAUUUCAUAAAUAAUUAUGACUAUCAAAGUAUCAUUGAUAUCUGAAUUAUUCAGUAUAGUUUAAUGACCUUCAUUGAUUUGUGCCAGAUUACAAUUUCUAUUGAUGUAUUUGUAUAUAGCUAAUGGAAUGGUAAGUUAUCGACUUUUCUGCUUGUAAAUAUUAUUUUUAGAACAAUACAAUAUUAAUACAUUUGUGACAAAUAAAAAAAAUUUAGAUGGUUUUAAUUGCACAAGACAAUUAUUACCAUUGGCUGAUGCAUUUGUAUGAACGUACAUUAAGAUACGCAAUAUUCACGCGCAACUUACUCGUCAAUACAGUAAAUCAAAGAAAAUAGAUAAAAUAUAAGAAUAAUUCAGCUUUGACUCAUAAAAUACUAUUUUAGUACCACAGAGUAACACAGGUUACUCUUAUUAUUUAUUCACUGUUCUUGGAAUCAUUGUAGCAAUUAACUCGAACUUGUACCUUAUACCCGGCAUUUAAAAAAAUUUUGUUGGUAAAUACACACGUAAAUAAUCCAUUGAUUGUACAACCUUCUCAUGAACGAGUAAUCUCUAAGUUACAGUUUAAAAAUGCUCUUUUAACAUGUGAACUAGAUCUAGCAAAGCAUAUUAAACUUUACAUUUGGGUUAGUA